GUUGCCACACCUGCUCUAUGGACCAUUGUGGUCACAGGACGGCCCGGCUACUUGCAGGAUAUGAGAGUUGCAACAAUCGAGACUGGCGUACGUCGCCCUAGAACUGGACUGGAUCUGCGGCCUUGAAAGGCGCCUUUCUUGGAACGAAGGAAGGCAGAGAGAGAGAAAAAAAAAAAAGAGAUCGUCAUUGCCGCUCUCACCCAUCAGCGCCUUCGCUGGCCGCUCUGGACGCUCUCUCGAUUUGCUCGACUCAGCUGAUCACUCCCGUCGCUUGACAGGAACGUCAGCUGGUGUUGGUGUGCCCGGCUCGCAUCUUAAUCGACACAUUCGUACAUUUCCCCUUGGACGACGUGCCAAAACGGUUACGGCAUUGACCUGGCAUAUUCUUUUCUCAGCUCGUGUACGGUCCGCUUUCCUAGGCCGCUGCACGCCGACUACUAUUGUAAGCGCGCCCUGAAGGCUGAUUCGAUCGCCUCCCGCCGCCUUACACUUGCCCGCGAGUUUCCCGUGUCACCUCUCUACAAAUCAGUUUGUGUGCAUCUGUUGCGGGAAAGCUGCACAGGCUCGACAGACAGGUGAAGCGAAUCACGAUUGCCAGGCCGUUGAAGUGCUCGUCUUCUCGUGAGUGAUCUACAUCUCCAAGCAGGGUCUGGACACUGGAGCUUUAACAAGACGUCGAUCGAUUCACACAUUCGUCUGACUUCGGGGUCGAUACACGUGGAAUUUGCCGACCAUAACUGAGUUCGGCAGCAGAUACACCCAUGAUUUCAACCCAAGAAUAUCGCUUGCUAAGUCGCGUUUCUCCCUCAAGCUACGGGUUGCAGAUCCGCCCUCAGCGGUGAGAUUGCUGAGGGUCGGCGCCGGAUCCGACGACACGAUGACUACACCUCAUCAUCCUCACAGAGGGCUGCCUCCUCCAUCGGCCAUGUCCCUCCCAGACCCAGGCAGGUCGGGGCCACCUCCAUCAUUGAGCUCACAAUUAGGGGCCAUGCCGGAACCUCCCAGGCAAUGGGCGGGUCAGGAAGAUCAGAUGCGCAACUGGCUUGCUGCAAAAGCAGAGGAGGAUAGACGAAAGCAAGAAGAGGAGAAGACGAGGCAGGAAUCGUUGAGGCUUGAGCAACGGAAGAUCGAGUCGGAGAUGUUGCGAGAAUCGCUACGAGCCGGCGUACCACCAGCUAUGGUGCCAAUGAUCUAUGCUGGCAUCGGUGGUGGUAACCUAUUCAACAUCAGCAUGGACUGGUUACAACAGUAUGCGGGUCAGCUUCAAGCCUCGCAGCAGCAAUUACAACAGUCUUCGCCAGAAAUGCGGAGGGACGGCAGGCUGAUAGCACCACCAGCUGUAGCACCUCACCCUCAACUCUCACAACAUCCACCACAUCAUGUGCUCCCAAGCCAGCCUGCGUCCGAGCCUCCACCCCCGCCGGGACCCAUCCAGACGACAUUCUCAGCGUAUCACCCUUCUCCUGGAAGACAGCCGCAACACACAUCAGAUCCUCGGUCGGCGACGCAAUCGCAGCUACCCAGGCUCACCACAAACGAAAUGUAUAUCCAACAGCCACCCGCGCCAUCCGUUACGUCGCACCCUCUACAGCAAAGUCAGUCGGUCCAGCAGGAGCAGCCCGCAUCUUCGCCAUCAAUCUACUUCCAUCACUGGGUGCCGCCUAGCGAAUCAAAACAGCAUCAGCAUCCACAGACUCCAGCCAGCAAGAAUGAGUCGAUUUCAUCGCAUACCGCAAUCAGCAUGCGGGAACAUGAAUACAAGGAUUCUCCACGAAAGCGCAAGGCUCAAGGUGAACACCAGGCCAAUCCCCCUCCUUCGGCCGGACCUAUGUAUACUUCGCCCUCAUUCUCGGCCACAUCAUCCAGUUCUCGGCAAGGUGGUCGUGGCCACGCACGUACCCGAAGCAGCGCUUCCUUGGGUCGUGAGAGCGAGCAUCGGCCAGGCAGCGCGAGCAACAGGCGAGAUGAUGCACCGGCUCCAUCAUUACCAAAACGAGACUCGGGACACCACGACGGAGAUGGCAAUGGGCAUACCGGCGGCGAGGAACAGCCGCCAACGCCUGCCUCGCGUGCGAAAGAAGCGCUCAUCACCAGAGUAUCUUCGACAGCCCCGUCCAUGCCUGCGACAGAUUUGUCGCGUUUCCGGGAAGCGCAUCCAGUAGAACCGCGACCAGGAGCCAGCUGACAUUAUUGAUCUUGCAUGCAGCAGCAUAGCAUGAACGAAAACUUAUUUCUGCUGAUAUUUCGCAUGCGAACUCGUACUUCAGGGUGCAGGGUUUGGGAAUCCGGGAGGGUGAGCAUCCGGCAGUAAGCAGGCAGGGCAGUAUCGUGCCAGCACUGGCAUUGGAAGUGGCAGACUUUGGAAUCUUUGGACUAAACAUAAGAUGGGACUUAGGGCUGUCUUUGGGCUUGAUCUCCUGCAGAAGUGUUUCGAAUGCACAUAUUGUGGUCGCGCCAUCUUGGGUCUUCCUGGCGUGAUACCCCAGUGUUGGACUGACUUGUCGUGGAGUUUUGGGGGUGAUUCCAAGAAUAGUGUCCUCUGCGUUCAAGCGCUUUCUUCUCUGCUUAGGGCCAAGUGUCUGGUUGACUAGGGGCUGAGCAUAUCGGGACGCAUUUGCAGGGCGAAAUGGAGGAUCCGGACCCAGGGCUGAGCAUUUGUAGACUCUUGUAUACAGAAGCCGUGUGUUGGCUGCAGAAACCAAACAUUCUCCAGCGGAGUACUGUGUUCUUAAAUCAGUAGAAAGGCUUUCAUAUU